UUUAAGUCUUCCUGUUGGCACGCGCCAGAGAAAGCAGACGGUUGUCCCGUGCUGCGCCGUCAAAAGCAGCGUGCCAGAUGGAUCUGCUUUCAGCAGCAGCCGCCGCCGCCGCUGCGUCCCGUGGUGACAGGACUCCCCCGCCCCCCUCCCCUCUUUCUGGCUGCUCCACAAACUUGGACCUCUGCCUCUGUUCGCGGCCAGACGCCCCUCCAGCCCUGCGAUCCUCUGUGGCGUGAGACCCCAAAGGGACUCCCCAGCCAAGAACUAUUGCUGAACUAUCACCACAUCAACUUUCCCCCCUCUGCUGGUGAAGAUUUAUUUGCCCGGUAUAUUGUGGACGUGUGCUGGGAAUAACUGCAGAGUACGCACACCUCUAUUUUCUAUAUUUGUGUUAUUCAUCGGCGUCUCUUGUUCCAUUCGCACUGAUCCGCCCGUCCAAGAGCCGCAGACAGGUCCGAGGUCUCGGAGGGAUGCGCGAGCGAGCGCGAUGCUCUGCUCUCGUGCCUUCUUGUGGUUGCUAACGUAGGGACCGACAUGGGAUCGCGAACUAUGUGGAGUCACUCUUGAGGACCGAGUAGCCCGAGGAUGGCGGGCGUAACGCGGGAGGCACCUGUGAACUCCUCUCCGGCGGUGGCGUCCCACGCGGAGGGCGAAGAGAUCGAGGUUUUGGAAAGCACCGACGUUCUUCCCGUGGCCCCAGAGGAUCAAUGGAAGUCUCUGUUCGACAAGUAUGACUCGGAGAAUUCGGGCUUCAUCAGCACGGAGCGGUUCAGGGACCUGCUGGCGACCUACGGCUCUGAGCUCGACCCACACAAACUGGAAGUCCUAUUGGCCCUCGCCGAUGGCAACGCCGACGGGAAGAUCUGCUACCAAGACUUUGUCAACCUGAUGAGCAACAAGCGCUCCAACAGUUUCCGGAGGGCCAUCCUGCAGGGGAGCAGGCAGCUGAAGGGCUGCAGUCUGGGAGAUGAGGCCGGCUUGGGGCUGUCUCAGCGGCUGGUCCGACACGUCGCCUACGAGACGCUGCCCCGCGAGGUCGACCGCAAGUGGUACUUCGACAGCUACACCUACUGUCCCCCACCCUGGCUCAUCCUGGCUAUUACCAUUGCUGAGGUAGCCGUGUUCAUGUACUACGGGUUCCAGCUGGACCGCUUGGUCCUGCAGGUAUCGAGCCCCUCCUUCCUGAAGAGCCCCUUACCGUACCACCCACAGCUGCGGGCGCAGGCCUGGAGAUACCUCAGCUACAUUUUCAUGCACACUGGGAUUGAACACCUGAGCCUGAACAUGGCCAUGCAGCUGCUGGUGGGAGUCCCUCUAGAAAUGGUCCACGGAGCCGUGCGCAUUGGACUGGUCUAUGCGUGUGGUGUGCUGGCAGGGUCCCUGGCGGUGUCUGUCACCGACAUGACGGCUCCAGUGGUCGGCUCAUCCGGGGGAGUGUACGCUCUGGUCUCGGCACAUUUGGCCAAUGUGGUCAUGAAUUGGUCGGGAAUGAAGUGUCAGUUUAAGUUAUUCCGGAUGGCCAUGGCUCUGGUUUGCAUGAGCGUGGAGUUUGGUCGGGCGGUGUGGCUGCGCUUCUAUCCACCGGCCUUCCCUCCUUGUCCCAAUCCCAGCUUCGUCGCUCACCUGGGCGGGGUGGUGGUUGGCCUGACGUUGGGGGUGGUGGUCCUGCAAAACUACGAGCAGCGACUCCAGGAGCAGUCCUUGUUCUGGAUCUUCUUCUGCGUCUACACCUUGUUCGUGCUCUGCGCCGUCUUCUGGAACAUCUUUGCCUACAGCUUGCUCGACGUGCGACUGCCCCCUCCGCCUUGACUCGGCUUAUUGGAGGCCGACUGCAUGCCGGGUGUCCCCCCUUUGUUCAUCACCUCGGCCUAACCCUCAUCGCAGGGUCGUCAGACAGCCAACCUCGGUCUAUCACCAUACCUUUUUUUCAUCCCACCUGUUCCCUUUUCUGGUUAAGCCGUGCCAAUCGUUUCCCUUGAGCGUAUAAGCUGCCCUUCUCUGGCUCUUUGUGUACGUCUCUGUUGGAACUUUUGUCUCAAGCGUAUCUCAAGCGGGACUCAACAGAAACAAGCGGGAACAACCCCCAUCCACAUGGCUUAACCUCCUCCGCCUCUUCCUCCUCGAUCCAACGGUGCCUUCUCAUUGAGAUGUCAGCCUGAUGGAAGUAUUUCUGCAUAGUUGCCUCUUAUGUGGGGGGACAGCCGUGAAGCCCUCUGGUGCAAUUGGUUUUCAGACAGAAGAGAUCCUGAAAAUCCUGUACUGUGAGGUAUCAGUACAUUUAGAAUAAGAUCAUAUGAGAAUUUAGGCUGAGUUGGUGUUUUGUCAUCAUUACAAGCAGCUCAAAAGCAUGGGAGAUUUAGAUUAUACAGACGGCAGGAUGGCUCAACAUCUUCUCGUUUGUAGGCAGAGCAUGGAGUAUCUAGGCUACAGCAUCCUUCACAAGUUGAAUUGACCUUUUAGAGGAAGUGUGGGUUGAUUUUCAGUGUUGCCUUCAGCAUUUGUCACUUCCCAUAGAGAAGGAUUCAUUUGUGUUAAGCGCUAUUUGAACCUCAAACUCGUGUCUUUUGACCUUUUUUGUGUGCAAGUAGUGUGACAAUUGUACCAUUGUGCAAACAGAUUAGUGGGGAAAAAAAGAAGCAGAAGUGCCAUUCAGAUUUUUAAGCUUUUGAAAAUGAUGCCAAAACAUUGCUACAAGCACUGGGGAGGAAGGGGAGGGGGGGGGGCACAUACCCUGACAGGAAUUGAUUUUGUGCUAGCAAAACAAAUCUUUGUCUGUCAGGAGGCCGUCACAUGUAACAGAAGAUGUUAAUGAUCUGUAACACCCUUUUUGUCAUUUGUGUUGUCCUUUCGAGGCAUUUGCAGUGUUUUUUGUGAUUGGUUAACAAUAACAAAUAAGUUAAGAGGUGAUGAAUUCAAGUGGGAUGAGACUAAUAAAACAUUCAGCAGAGGGGACGGGCAUACUUUUGGGGGGGGGGGGGGUCUUUAUUUCAUUACCAAAAGUAGAAGAGCACACAUGGCUGACCUAGACUACAACCGGGCUGGGGUCGUUUCACUCCCAUAUCAGGAAAGAAGUAAAUCAAUGCCCCCUCAUUAGUUCCUGUCACAAUGUAAAUUGUGAAUUGAUUGAACCGGGAUGGAAAACGACCCCAGCCCUCAGCUGUCCUUCUCAAACAGUACUGUACUUUGACCUCAUGUUACCCUGGUAACUGCUUCGCACAAACAUUAUUAUAAUGUAAUUAUAUACAGAUUAAUAUUUUAUCAUGCAUUUGCUGUUGAUUAUUAUUAUUUUUUUUUACUUGGUGAUAUUGGUAUGUGGUGUGAAUUGUGUGGUCGGUCUGCAUUGUGAUACGCUAGUUAAUAUCUGUAUUGUAGCCUAUUUAAAAGUGGGUUCAAGAUGGUCUUGGUUUGUAUAUAAUAAGGGCUACGACACAGUACGGGGGGGGGGGUAAAUCGUUGAUACUAUUUUAACAUUGUGCAUAUAUUGUAGAUUUGAUAUGUACAUACUGGAGUACAUUAAACACUUUUUUUGUACAGAA